CGGGCUCCGGCUCCCUCCUCCUCCUCUCCCCCCACACUUUGGCCGGCCGCCGGGCGACACCACGAGUUAUUUCCCUGCUAUUUCCCUGCCCAGAGCUCUUGGCCUGGGAACAACUGGUUUCCUCUCGGAGUCUGGGAGGGGCAGCGCGGAGCGGCCGGAGCGGAGCGGGGCGCGAACCAGGGCCGGGGACCGCAGGGGCAGGGGCAGGGGCGGGAGUGGGGCCGGCCCGAGGGUCCGGCGCGGCAGUGAGCGCCCCCAAAGCCGACCGACAGCCAGGGGGCGUCGGGAGGGAUCGCCGGAGGACCCCAGCGUCCGGGCCCCGGGCUCCAGCACCAUGAGGCCGCUCCUCGCCCUGCUGCUCCUGGACCUGGCGUCCGGCUCGUCCCCGCUGGACAACAACAAGAUCCCCAGCCUGUGCCCGGGCCACCCCGGCCUGCCCGGCACCCCGGGCCAGCAUGGCGGCCAGGGCCUGCCCGGCCGCGACGGCCGCGACGGCCGCGACGGUGCGCCCGGAGCGCCGGGCGAGAGAGGCGAGGGCGGGAGGCCGGGGCUGCCGGGGCCGCGUGGGGAGCCCGGGCCUCGAGGAGAAGCGGGCCCCGCGGGGGCCGCGGGGCCUGCGGGCGAGUGCGCGGUGCCCCCGCGCUCGGCCUUCAGCGCCAAGCGCUCCGAGAGCCGGGAGCCGCCGCCCGCCGACGCGCCGCUGCCCUUCGACCGCGUGCUGCUCAACGAGCAGGGCCACUACGACGCCGCCAGCGGCAAGUUCACCUGCCAGGUGCCCGGGGUCUACUACUUCGCCGUGCACGCCACCGUCUACCGGGCCAGCCUGCAGUUCGACCUGGUCAAGAACGGCGAGUCCAUCGCCUCUUUCUUCCAGUUUUUCGGGGGGUGGCCCAAGCCGGCCUCGCUCUCGGGCGGCGCCAUGGUGCGGCUGGAGCCCGAGGACCAGGUGUGGGUGCAGGUGGGCGUGGGGGACUACAUCGGCAUCUACGCCAGCGUCAAGACCGACAGCACCUUCUCGGGGUUUCUGGUCUACUCCGACUGGCACGGCUCCCCGGUCUUCGCGUAGGCCCCGCCGGGGAGGGCGGCGCUGCGGCCCUGCGCCCGCCCUGCGCCCGGGAGGGCCGGACCCCCUGGGACCCUGCCCAUGCCGCCCUGCGGCCGCAAGGAUGGAGACGGAGGAGACCGGGGAGACCGGGAGGCAGCACGGGGCAGUGGCUGGAUUUCUGCCCGAGACCAAAGCAAUGUGCUGCGUUGGCAAAUGUAGGUCCCCUGCCCCCCCUCGAUUUCUCUGGCCCAGAACCCUGAAGUGGGAUGCUCUCUUCCUGCCUCUCUGAGCCUCCCCUGUCCCUUGUGCUCGCAGGGCCGGCCCUUCUCUCAGAGGUCACUCAAUAAAC